AGAGCAUCUCAGCACUCAAAGCACUCGGCUGCCUUGUGAUGGCAUCACGUGGCGUUGCUGGAAAUGAUGCGGGACGAUGAAGCCUAUAAAAGGGACGUCACCGUCAGACACUCACUCUACUUCCGCCUGGAAGAGACCGACAUCUCCGUUCUUCACGACCGAUCAUCCAACCGUCCUUCCUUCUUCCAGCCCGUUUGGUUCUGAGACGACUCUUCAGCGGACAAGAUGAGAAUGAUCCUUCUGCUGGUGCAGCUGGCCACCUGCUGUGCCGUCGGCUCAGCUAUCAACUGCUAUCAAUGUAAACUUGAAGUAGACUACUUCAGCAGCUGGGACUGGACUCCAUGUUCCUCCAACCUCAACCCAUGUCCAGCAGGAGAUCAGUGCUCCGUCACCCAAGAGAAAGAUCAGAGUUCAGGCAAGGUCUCCUAUAAGAUGGAAUGCAAGGCUGAUUGUAAAGGUGAUGCUAACACUAAGUGCUGUAACACUGAUGGAUGCAACAAGUGGCUGGAUGUGGCUGAUGCACCAGCAUGGAAGAAGCUGGAGGUCAUCAAGGCAGGUUGCAGCAUCAGCCAGAAGGACCUGAAAGGCUGCGUGGAAGCCAUCUCCUCCAGCAAGACUCUCAAGUGCUAUCAAUGUGACCUUGGAGCAGACUACUUCAGCAGCUGGGACUGGACUACUAAAUGUAAACUCACCCCAUGUAAUGCAGGAGAGCAGUGCUUCAUCACCAAAGAUCAGAACCAGGUCUCCUAUAAGAUGGGAUGCAAGGCUCCUUGUACAGAUGGUGCUGACACUAAGUGCUGUAACUCUGAUGGAUGCAACAACUGGCUGGACGUGGCUGAUGAUGGUGCAAACCAUCGUACUACUGUCAGCACAGAAUGUGCCAAGACUCUCACAAAGUGCCUGGAUGCCAUCAAGACCAAGACUAUCAAGUGCUAUCAAUGUGAACUUGGAGCAGACUACUUCACCAGCUGGGACUGGACUACUAAAUGUUCCUCCACCCUCAACCCAUGUCCAGCAGGAGAUCAGUGCUCCGUCACUAAAGAGCAGAACAAGGUCUCCUAUAAGAUGGAAUGCAAGUCUCCUUGUACAGAUGGUGAUGACACUAAGUGCUGUGACUCUAAUGGAUGCAACAACUGGCUGGACGUGGCUGAUGCUGAUGCAUUAAAGAAGCUGGAGGCCAUCAAGGCAGCUUGCAGCCCCUCCAACAAGGACCUGAAAGGCUGCCUGAAAGCCAUCGACCCAACCAUCAGUGGUGGGGGGGGGCUGGCUGGUGGUUUGGGCCUGCCUUUGGUCUUGGCCAUCAGCGUGAUUGUGUUGGUGGUACUGGGCUAACCCCCCCAUGCAGCCCCCCCUUCCCCCCCAGCCAUCAGCGUGAUUGUGUUGGUGGUACUGGGCUAACCCCCCCCCCCCCCCCCCCCCUUUUCCUCGUUCACAUGAAAAGGCUAAAAAAAGAAAAGAAAUAAUCCAACAAAGCAACUUUCCAUCAACCUGACCUGAUGUGAUGUUUGCACCCCCCCACAUGACCAGCCCCUCCCUUGCUGUUACACUCGGGGGUGUCGCAUGUGCGGCCCCGGGGCCCAUGAAGGUCUUAAUAUGAGCAAAGUGUCAUUCAUUGUCAUCAAAUUGGGGGGGGCACAAGAAAUUGUUAGACGGGAAGAAAAUGUCAGAAGAAAGUUGAAGUGGUUGGAAAAUAAAAAUAAAACCAAUAAAAAGCUGUGAUGUGCAAAUGAACGAGUUGUUAAACGUCAUGAAUGCAUGAUUGUACAAUGAAUGCAUGGUUGUACAAUGAAUGCAUGGUUGUACAAUGAAUGCAUGAUUGUACAAUGAAUGCAUGGUUGUACAAUGAAUGCAUGGUUGUACAAUGAAUGCAUGGUUGUACAAUGAAUGCAUGGUUGUACAAUGAAUGCAUGGUUGUACAAUGAAUGCAUGGUUGUACAAUGAAUGCAUGAUUGUACAAUGAAUGCAUGAUUGUACAAUGAAUGCAUGGUUGUACAAUGAAUGCAUGGUUGUACAAUGAAUGCAUGAUUGUACAAUGAAUGCAUGGUUGUACAAUGAAUGCAUGGUUGUACAAUGAAUGCAUGGUUGUACAAUGAAUGCAUGGUUGUACAAUGAAUGCAUGAUUGUACAAUGAAUGCAUGGUUGUACAAUGAAUGCAUGAUUGUACAAUGAAUGCAUGAUUGUACAAUGAAUGAAACCACAAGUAUCAUUCUUGUCCAAAAGGAUGGAAAAGGCAACAUGAGAAGGAAAUGAACAAGAUGACUUUAAUGACUGGAAAACAUCAUUUUCAUCAAUAAACUCA